AUGGUUCCACCUACUCUUAAUGUUAAAAAGAUUGAUAAGAAUUCAAAGAAAAGACAAGCAUUACAACAAAGACAAAGAGUAAACAAUAAUAACAAUAAUAACAAUAGUAAUAACAACAAUAAUAAUAACAAUAAUAAUAAUAGUAGUAGUUUAAAGAAUGAAACGGAUUUAAAAAAACAACAAAAACAAAAUGAAAUUAAACAACAAAAAGUAAAUUUACCUGUAUUCUCUGCAAGAGAUGCAUUAUUAGAGAAUAUUAGAAAACAUCCAACUGUUGUAAUCAUUUCAGAGACUGGUACCGGUAAAACAACACAGAUUCCACAAUUCUUGAGAGAAGAUGGUUGGACAAAGAAUGGUGUGAUUGCUAUUACACAACCGAGAAGAGUUGCUGCUAUAUCGAUUGCAAAGAGAGUGGCAGAGGAGAUUGACGUUGAGUUGGGCAAGGAAGUAGGUUAUUGUGUGCGUUUCGACGACAAGACAUCGGAGCAAACCAAGCUGAAAUACAUGACCGACGGUAUGUUGGUGCGUGAAGCGAUGAUCGAUCCAAUGUUGAAGCGAUACUCUGUUAUAAUACUCGACGAAGCACACGAAAGAACACUGAAUACCGAUGUGCUUUUUGCUCUGAUCAAGGGCAUCCAAGCGAAACGACCUUCUCUCCAUAUUGUUAUUAUGUCUGCGACGUUGGAUGCCGAGAUGUUCUCGCGCUACUUUAACGCGGCACCCAUACUCUACAUCGAAGGAAGACAGUUUCCCGUGCGUAUCUACUACUGCGAGGAGUCACAGAAAGAUUAUUUGGACGCUGCUUUGGUAACGGUGCUACAGAUACAUCUCGAUGUCAACAACGGCAACGAGAGCAACAGCAAUGAAGACGAUGGCAAUGGCGGCGACAUCCUGGUGUUUCUCACCGGUAGAGAAGAGAUUGACACUCUUGAGAAGCUGCUCAACGAGAGAAUACCGAGGUUGCCGUCGACCGCCAAGCAACUGCUGGUCUGUCCGAUCUACUCUGCCAUGCCACAGGAGCAGCAGAUGAAAGUGUUUGAACGCGCACCCAAAGGCACGAGAAAGGUGAUCAUCGCCACCAACAUUGCAGAGACAUCGCUGACAAUCAACGGUAUCCGAUACGUCGUCGAUACCGGUGUCGUUAAAUCGCGACUCUACAACGCCAAGAUCGGAAUCGAUACACUCACGGUCAUACCAAUCUCAAAGGCGUCGGCACAACAACGUACGGGUAGAGCGGGUCGUGAGUUUCCGGGACAAUGCUACCGUUUGUACACAGAGGAUACCUUUGCAAAGUUGGAUCAUUCGUCGAUACCAGAGAUCAAACGAUCAAACAUUGCCAACGUCAUACUACAACUGAAAACCAUUGGAAUCGACGAUGUUCUCUCGUUUGACUUUCUCGAGAGACCGCCACUACCCACCGUUCAAAAGUCACUCGAACAACUCUACUGUCUCGAUGCACUCGACAAACAAGGCAAACUAACGGAUCUCGGUAAGAGAAUGUCACAAUUCCCAUUGGAACCAAUGUAUAGUAAAACUUUAAUACAAUCUCAAGAAUUUGGAUGUGUUGAAGAGGUAAUCAUUAUUAUAAGUAUGCUUUCAGUUGAAUCUAUAUUCUAUGCACCAAAAGACAAGCUAGCAGAGGUUGAAGCAAUCAAAAAGAUAUUCUUUUCACCUGAAGGUGACCAUCUAACUUUACUGAAUGUAUUUAGAGAGUAUCAAAAAGUCAAUGGUAAUUUACAGUGGUGUUACGAUCAUUUUAUAAAUACAAAAUCAAUGGUUAAAGUUGUUAAUGUUUUUGAACAACUAGUUGAAUAUUGUACAAAUUCAAAGAUAAAAUUAACAUCUUGUCAGAGUGAAACAGAACAAGUUAGACGAUGUUUUAUUACAGGAUUCUUUUUGAAUGUUGCAGUGUUGCAACCCGAUAAGAAAUACAAGACGAUGGCAGACAAUAGAGAGAUUCACAUUCACCCAACAUCAUUCCUCUUUGAUGUAAAACCACAAUAUAUAUUAUACAACGAACUCACCAUCACCAGUAAACCAUUUGCAAGAAAUGUAAUACCAAUAGAACCUACCUGGUUACCUGAACUAUGUCCGAAAUACUAUGGUUCAAAGCCAGUUGCAACUGCUGCUGCCGCCGAACCUCAAAAAUAA